AUGGUCAGUUCUGCAGUGGCCCAGGAGGCUGUUAACGAAGUCUUAUCAAGAAUCAAGGAGGGUUAUCAGGAGGACAAGUCAGAUGCAAAGGAGAACAUUGAGAGGAUGGAGAUGGCACACAUCAAGAUGGAGGCCGUCCUUGAGACCUCCAACAAGUGGAACGUCACCAGUGCACCACUGCUGCGUUGGCGGAGCAAGCUCAAGCGCGCCUCACAGGAGUGCGACAACACUCUGCGCAGGUGUAGGCAGCGCUUGCAAGAAGAGGAAGAAGUACAGCGAGCUGUAAGGAGCUCAUCCUUUCCGAAGAGAAUCACUCAUACUGCCAUGUCAUAUGUUUCGUUAAUCUUUAGUCGCGGUAACGAUGAUGAGCUGAGAGGAUCCACUGCCACCCGGAGAUUCGAACGGUUUGCAGAAGGUGCGAACGAAUUCUUGAGGUACGUGGAGCUUGGUGGUACACCAUGCAGAUACUUGUUUUUUGACCCUCUUAUACGCCAUCUUCUUGCUGGCAAAGGCACAAAGUAUUGCCUUGUUAGCAGGGGUCAACAUCUCUCAUUUCUUCUACAGCCCUUUAGUCUACCAGAGCAUGGGAUGGAGGUUAGCCUAAUAUUCUUACUUGAGGAUGCCAAUGCUCCAGAGAAUAAUUUCCUUCUAGCCCUCAACUUACAGCUCUCCAAUAGUACAAACAUAUUUGGGGUUGUAGUCAGAUGCCUGCACCUGUUCACACCUCACUUAAGGUCAACAGUUGAGACUGUGAAGACAAAGCUCACCCAGGUACCAACACAAGACUUGUGCUGGGUGUCUGAUGCUUAUUCUAUUUUUGGCCAUUGUAUUGAACACCAGAACAAUCUUCACACCAUCUGUUCUAAAUGGUUCCGACCAAACCCUCUUUGUUGCCAGCAACAAGAUCAUCACUCAGCCCAAAGUGGCUAUUCCAUAAGCUCAUCAUCAGAAUCUGUGCCAUGUGAUAUAUACAUGGAACCUGUUAUCCAUGUGUAUUUGCUAGGCCAUGUCGCACUGUCUGUUGGGAACAACAGGCAGAGGGCAGUUGCCGAUGGUGAAAGCAAACCAACAAGCCCCAUGAGUGAAUUUCCUUAUCUGAAACUUGGAGCGCAUUUCUGUCCCCAUUCCUCUUCUGAAGAUUUGUUGCCUUCAGUGGAGGGUUCGGCAACAGAAAUUAUCAAUGGGGUGGCCGUGCAACAUGGCUUGUAUGCAAAAUCAAAAUUUUCCUUUGAACAGUUGGGCGACAUUAUGAUACCAAAGGCAGUAGAUUGUCUUCGUGGGAGUGUGGCAGCUACCUCAUAUCAGAUGCUGUGGAAGUCAAAGCAUGGCAGCGCAUACCUUCAGGUCGAGAAGAUCUCAUGGGGACUAACCAUUAGGAAAGGUAUGGGUGGAAAAUGUCCUAAACGACAGCAGGGCAAGAAGGUACAGGGAUGGACAAGUGCGAACAAAGAUUUCAUGAGCUCAUGGAUUGCGCAUGCGCCAGCCCACUUGCAGAACUCAGUGGUGGACUGGGUUCAGAAAGAAAAGCGAUUGCCGCUACCGUUAUUAUUGAAAACUAAUCCUUGCAUCGACAAUUGUCCAAUCAUGUUGAUUUGUCUGCAAUGUAUCAGAUCUUUAGCAAGGAAGAUCAAAUUGUUCAGCAAGUUCAAUGCCUAA